AUGGCAGCUCGGCGCACGCUGAAAGCUGUCUUGGUGGAUCUCAACGGCACACUUCACAUUGAAGACUCAGCUGUGCCAGGCGCGCAGGAAGCUCUUAAAAGGCUGCGCAGUGCUCCGGUUACCAUUCGGUUUGUGACGAACACGACGAAGGAGAGCAAGAGGGACCUGCUGGAGAGGCUGACAAGGCUGGGAUUUGACAUUGCAGAGAAUGAGAUCUUCACAUCUCUGACAGCAGCCAGAAAUCUUCUGGAGCAAAAGCAGGUGCGGCCUCUUCUCCUGGUGGAUGACAAGGCCCUGCCUGAUUUCACAGGGAUAGGGACCAAUGACCCCAAUGCAGUGGUGGUAGGACUGGCUCCUGAGCACUUCCACUACGAGAUGAUGAACAGAGCGUUUCGGUUGAUUUUGGAUGGGGCUCCUCUUAUAGCAAUCCAUAAAGCCAGGUAUUUCAAGAAGAAAGAUGGUUUGUCUCUGGGACCUGGACCUUUUGUAACUGGACUGGAGUACGCAACAGACACCAAAGCAACAGUGGUGGGGAAGCCAGAGAAAACCUUCUUCCUAGAAGCUUUGCGAGGAACUGGCUGUGCCCCAGAGGAGGCUGUCAUGAUCGGUGAUGACUGCAGGGAUGAUGCUGGUGGUGCCCAGGAGGUGGGCAUGCGUGGGAUUUUGGUGAGGACAGGUAAAUAUCGACCGGCAGAUGAAGACAAAAUCAAUCCAGCUCCGUACUUGACCUGUGAGAAUUUCCCAGAGGCAGUGGAACAUAUCCUAAAGCAUAUGCUGUGAGAAAGGGAAUAGUUAGUUUGAAAAAAAACACCUGAUUCACAUCAUUUCCUUCGUUCUUGCUUCAAAAAUUAAGGUCCCAAGAUCAGUGCAUGCAUGGCAUCAGACACCUGGCCACGAGCUCCCUCUGCCCAGGCUGUAAGGGACAGAGGAUUCGUGUGGGCC